CAAGCUUUCAUUUGUACGCCAUUUGUUAAAUUUUCUGCACCAGCGAAAAAAAUCUGAUGCAGUUUUUUAAAUUAUAUGAAAAUAAGAUUAAUUGAUAGUGCAAUUAUUAUAUUGUUGCCGCAAGAGGUUGCAACUGUGUUUUUAAUAUUGUUGCAUGGAAGUUUAAGGUUUGUAUUAGUGGACUCUUCGUUGGACUACGAAACAAGGUAAUAGACAAAAUGACACAGUAUCUGCCGCCGAAUCUUUUGGCACUAUUUGCCGCACGUGAUCCAAUACCAUAUAUGCCGCCGGUGGAUAAGUUACCACAUGAAAAGAAGUCGCGUGGCUAUCUUGGUAUUGGUGGUUUUCUUAGUGAGUUCGAAGAUCCAAAAGAUACCCCGCCUGCAAAGCGUGUCGAAACUCGCCAAGAGCGAUUGGAUCGUCGGCGUCGAGAAAAAGCUGAACAAGUUGCAUAUAAAUUGGAACGAGAAAUCGCUCUUUGGGAUCCUCAAGAAAUAAAAAACUCGACAGAAGAUCCGUUCCGUACAUUGUUCAUUGCACGUAUAAACUAUGACACAUCCGAAUCGAAAUUGAGACGUGAAUUUGAGAUAUACGGACCUAUAAAGAAAAUUGUUAUGAUAUCAGACCAGGAAUCGGGUAAGCCCAAAGGUUACGCAUUCAUCGAAUAUGAACAUGAAAGAGAUAUGCAUGCUGCUUAUAAACAUGCUGAUGGUAAGAAAAUCGAUGGUAAACGUGUAUUAGUUGAUGUUGAGCGAGCACGCACUGUAAAAGGAUGGCUACCACGACGCUUGGGUGGUGGUUUAGGAGGAACACGACGAGGUGGUAAUGAUGUUAAUAUAAAACAUUCUGGUAGGGAAGACAAUGAAAGAGAACGAGAGCGUUACCGUCUAGAACGGGAACGUGAGGAUCGGGAAAGUGCACGACUUGUCGAGCGUAAUCGUUUCGGAGCAGGCGACGCAGUAAGACGACGCUCACGAUCUCGUGAAAGACUCCGAGAACGUGAAAGGGAGCGUUCAAGACGUUCGCGAAGCAAAUCACGUGAGCGUAGAAGACGACGUGCUGGUAGUCGUGAACGUGAAUAUGACGAAUUUGAGAAACGUGAUAGGCGUGAAAAAGAACGAGAACGCGAUCGUGAGCGGGAGCGCGACAGGGAUAAAAAGAAGAGACGAUCAAAAUCAAGGGAGCGAGAUUCAUCUAGGGAGAGACGUGAUAAGAAACGUGAACGUGAUCGUCGUGACAAGGAGCGUGAUCGUGGAGAUCGUGAUGUCAAAGAACGUAAACCUGAUUUCCGUGAUAUCGACAUCAAAAUCAAGGAAGAACCAAUAGACGACGGUUAUCCAACUUAUCCCAUGAAUUCUUAUCAAACAACUGGUAUAAAACGAGAAAGUGAUGACGACGAGCAUGAAGAAAAAUUCCGGCCACCACAAGAUAUGUUUAGCGUGCCACCUCCCCCUUUAACUGGACGCGGUGUUGGCGAGAAUGGACAGAAUCCCAAUGAUGGUCAACAAUCAUGGUGGCGUUGAGGUUAAACUGUAUAUUACAAACUGGAUAGUAUACUUUUUGUUCCACUUUCAAUAUUUGAACACAACUCUUUCGAUUUAGCGUUUGAAUUUCAUACUUUUUUCAUGAUUUUCGAAAUAAUUUUUAAAUAUUAAUUAUGAAACAAAUUGUUUGCACUAACAAAACAAGAUAAACUCAGAUUUAAAUUUUACAUAGUACAAACGCCUAAGUCGUAAUAGUUUAAAAAUAACAGAGCAAACAAUAUUUGAAAUUCCAAUAUACACCAUAGCAAGUUUUUCUUCAUCGCUGUGUUGAGAUGAAAUUAUUAUUAACCAAUUAUGUAUAAACUAUUUAAACAUUUUUAGUCAAAAACUUUUGAGAUUUUAAUUAAUUCACGCGAUUAAUAAUACUUAAUUUUUUAAUAGACUCCGAUUCAUAAUUUCCAUUAAGUGAUAUCUUGGGAUGUUAAAAUUUAAAUAAAUAUCCCUACAAUGUGCAAAAAAUUACAAGCAUACUGAUAUAUUUGGAUUUAAAAUUUUGUUUGCUGCUCUAAAUGUAAUUAUUUAUAUUAAUAUGUAACUUAAACAUAUAAAACAAAAUAAUCGCAACCCUAAUGUAAGGAAGAACAACCAAAAUGCAAAGAGUAAGUAAAAAAAUUGGA